AGCCGUUAUGUCGUCGAAUAUGCAGAAGAUUUCUUGGUUGGUUUUGCUGAUGUGUCUGCAUUUUUCACAUGGGAGUGACCCGCAACCUGAACAGAUUCAUCUUUCAAGUACAGGAGACCCAACAGAGAUGAUGGUCACAUGGGUGACUUUAGCAUAUACAAACUACACUAUGGUGGAAUAUAACAAAGCUGGUUUUCCUCUGACAUUACAAGCUUCUGGUGACAUCACUAAAUUCACUGAUGGUGGAUCAGAGCAUCGAGUGUUGUACAUCCACAGGGUGAAACUGGCAGGACUGGUUCCUGAUCAGAUGUAUGAGUAUCAUUGUGGUGGAUUAGAAGGCUGGAGUGCACUGUAUGCAUUUAAAGCCCUCAAGUCUGGUGUGGACUGGAGUCCUCGGAUGGCUGUUUUUGGAGAUCUUGGAAGUGUUAAUGCAAAAUCUUUAAGCUAUCUGCAGGAAGAAACUCAAGAAGGAAAAUAUGAUGCCCUCCUUCAUGUUGGUGACUUUGCAUACGAUAUGGAUUCUAAUAAUGCAAGGAUGGGAGAUGACUUCAUGAAUCAAAUUCAAUCAAUUGCCGCUUACGUACCGUACAUGACAUGUCCAGGAAAUCAUGAAAAUGCUUACAACUUUUCCAACUACAAAAACAGGUUUUCCAUGCCAGGAAAUACUGAAAGUAUCUUCUACAGCUGGAAUGUUGGACCUGCACACAUCAUCGGCAUUUCAACUGAAGUGUACUACUUCUAUCAGUACGGCAUUGAACAGAUUGUUCAACAGUAUGAUUGGUUGGAAAAAGACCUGCAGGAAGCAACAUCUCCCGAAAACCGUGCAUUACGUCCCUGGAUCAUCACGAUGGGUCACAGACCAAUGUACUGCAGUAACUCUGACGGCGAUGAUUGUACCAAAUAUGAGAGUAAGGUUCGCUCUGGAAUCACUUCGAAACAUUUGUUCGCUUUGGAAGACCUAUUUUACAAAUACGGUGUUGAUCUGAUGUUUUGGGCUCACGAGCACUCAUAUGAACGACUCUGGCCUCUCUACAACAGACAGGUUUGCAAUGGAUCACGGGAAGAGCCAUACACCAACCCUUGCGCUCCAGUUCAUAUCAUCACCGGCUCAGGGGGCUGUUUCGAAAAACAUAACCCAUUUGUUAAAGACUACCCUCCCUGGACAGCGUUCCGCGCAGUGGAUUACGGUUACACUCGAAUGACCAUCCACAACAAGACGCACUUAUACAUGGAACAAGUCAGUGUGGAUAAGGGGGGUGACGUCAUUGACAAAGUAAUGAUAAUCAAAGACGUGCAUGGACCAGAAGCCUGGGUUCCCAAGAAAAUCAAGAAUUAAACUGAAUCAAGGCGAUAGACUGUCCACCCCCAUCCCCCCUGCACACUCCCAGCACCACCCAGCCGGUGGACGUCUCGUGACUUGAUUGUGUAGCGUUGCCAAAGAAGGCCAUCAAUUAUCAAUUUGUAGAUACAAUUUUUUCCAACACAUUUUGAAUUAUCACACAAUUGUUAGUCUCCAAAAUAUUUGAAUGCAGCAUCACUUCUAAGUAUAAACUCCAAUUCUGAAACGUAAUUUCUUUUAUUUGUUUUUUUUACCGAAAAUGAUAACAAGAUGUUUUCUCUCCUUUUCCCUUAAGAGUAGGUCAUUUGAUCACUGUGAAGUCAAAAUAGCGAAGUUGAUUUUGAAAAACAAAGUUCGCUUUUUCUCUCUUCGAUUUGAAAAAGAAGAGGCUGACUGAUUUGUCUUGUGGAAAAGUCAUUAAUUAUUUCUCGUACCAACUUUAGCUCGGCUUUUUUUCUGUAUUUAGUAGCUAACGUAAGCUGAAUUAUCAACAGCUCAAUUUUUUGUUAAAUAUGUAAAACACGAGUAGCAAUAGAUCAGUUUGCAAUAAAUAUAUUUCACCAUACA